AUGACUUUCUUUCGCCGAGCGGGACUCGCUUUCGUCCUCUUCGCGCUAUUUUACCUCGUGUCAGCCUCAGCAGGCGACAGCAACCGUCAAUACAAGGCCUGUCUUCGAAUCUGCGACCUCAACCGAUGCGAAACGGGAGAAUACGAGGCCACAAAACCCUUCUCGCUAUGGUUGACGCGUUGGACGUGUACUGAUGACUGCCAGUACCGAUGCAUGCAUACUAUGGUCGAUAAUGCCAUUAGUAGUGGCAAGAAGGUGCAUCAGUAUUAUGGCAAAUGGCCGUUUUGGCGGUUUGCGGGGAUGCAGGAGCCGGCGUCGGUGGUGUUUUCGGUGCUGAAUUUCAUGGCGCAUUUGUCUGGGUAUAGGAAGAUCAAGAGGGCGCUACCCAAUUCGCAUCCAAUGAAGCCAUACUACAUUCUUUGGGCUGUGUGCAGUAUGAAUGCGUGGCUUUGGUCGUCGGUGUUCCAUACACGCGACUUGCCAAUUACCGAAAAGUUGGACUACUUCUCGGCGGCGCUUGUUAUUCUCAACGCGUUAUAUGGGACCAUCAUUCGACUAUUCCAUCUCUAUCCGCAACCCGAGCGCGUUAAGCUGACUGGUUCGACUGGAGUACCGGGCUGGAAGAUUCUGCGAGGUGCAUGUGUCCUCGUGUACGCUGGACACAUUUACUACCUCACCUCGGGACCGCGAUUCGACUACACCUACAACACGAUCUUCAAUCUCGUCAUCGGUCUAUCGCAUAACAUCCUCUGGACACUCUACGCCCUUCCGUCGUCACUCUCCGUCCUCAAGUCGCGUUUCCCUGGAGCCCCCAAAGGGUAUCGACCUUCAUUCGUCAAUAAAGCAGGACUAUUCGUCCUUCUUACCACACUCGCGACCUCGUUGGAGUUGUUUGACUUCCCGCCGUGGUUUAGGACGAUUGACGCCCAUUCAUUAUGGCAUGCUGCUACAGCACCGAUUGGAUACCUCUGGUAUGACUUUUUAGUUCAGGAUUCGUUGGAUCCUAGUUGGCAGACUCCGUUGUUGAGACAGAGGCCUGAGUAGUGUUGUGUGUAUUACCCUUUGUAUAGCAUUGUAACAAUGGACGUUCGUUUC